AACAACAACAACAAUGAAACAGCAACAACAACAAUGAAACAGCAACACAGUCAUCACCAAUACACCACCACCACCACCACCAUUGCUAACAACAGCAACACCAACAACAACAGCAGCACCAGCAACAACACCAAUAACAACAACACCAACACGAGCACCAGCAGUAGCGGUAGCGGAGUGGUGGUCAUGGUGGAGUGAAGACCUCUGCCCAUUGCAUUAGUCCCGCCAGCUUUUGCCCUCCUGUCCUGCCUGCUGCCCUGUAGAGGCUGACGGGCGUGCAUCGUAUUCAGCUUCGUGAGUGGUUGGCUUGAGCAUAUUCGUAAUUUCGUAAAUGAAAAAAAAUCGAAAGUCAAGGCCAAGACUGCAUUACAAGGCGCCACACGCCGCCAGCGGCAGUUCACGUCCUUCACCCACUCUGCCUGAGUUUAUAAACAGGUGUCUGUGUAUAUAAAAAAAAAAGAAGUGUUAAGUUCUGAAGUUUCGAUUUGACACGGGCGGAGUGCAAGGUAGUUAGGCACCGGUGCGCCCUCUAGGCCAGCUCAGUGUUGCUGUCGCCGCCGAGCUGGACACAUCUCGCGCGCGGCCCUCCGCCUCGCCUCACAACCCCCCCGCACCUGCCACCCUGGGGGAGGGGCGCAUGUCGUCCUCGUGAGGAUCACCUGUGGAGGUGGUUGGUGAGCGGAUGUGUCGCUGAGAAUGGCGGUGCUCAGUUCGGUCACUUUAAAACAAGCCGGUGUAUGAUUAUGCAUAAAGGAUAUCAUAUACUGACAGACUGUUAUUAGUUGAGAACAAAUAUUAGUGUCUGUGCGCGUGACGUGAACAGUGUCUGGUGACCCGCUGGCGUGGAAAAAAAAGGUUGUCAUCAUUUAGUGACAGAUUAAUAACAACGAUCCCAAGACAACUUUGCCUCGAGGAUAAGCUGUGCAAGCAAGGACCAGCGACGUCUCCCAUUGUUGCCCUCGUGACAGCUGCCUCAGCCAGCGGGGGGUGCAUGCUGUGACGGGAGGGGGAGCGUGACGCGGCGGGGCCCGUGUGCUGCUCCGGUGGGAGGGAGGCAGGGCGCUCCCAGGCGACAUGUCCCGAAGGAAGCAAGCCAAACCUCGUGCCCUCAAACGCGAGGAGUGGGAGGAGGGAGAGGAAGAGGAGGAAGAAGACACUGAAGAGAUGGAGGCAACGGAAGAAGGAGGGGAGGGAGGAGAAGCCCCCAUUUGCUCCAAAGAUAACUGCACCAACGGCACUGUGGAAGCGGGGGAGGGGGGCACCGGGAUGAGGCCUGGCAGGGAGAAAGAAGGGGACAGUGAACACUCGUCCAGCAGCGGCCCCGCCAAGGACACUCGCCGCAGAGGAGGGCGAAGAGCACACCACAGCCCCUCGUCCCUCACUCCAACCCCCAUCCCGGACCACACCCCUUCUAGCACCUCCCAGGGCAGCCUCGCCUCCAGCACCCUCCCUCUCUCACAGCUGCCAGACCUGCGGAAGCUAAGGGAGCGCUCCGACGACGAGGAGAGCGUGGGAUCCCUGGACUCAGUGACCAUGACCUUCAGUGUCCUGCCCUUAGUGAUGCUGUGAACUGGUGAACUUAAGGACCUGUGCAUCCCUCAUAUCACCCCCUCAUCUCCCUCGCUCCCCCCAAAUGCCCGGCCAGACGCUGAUGGCAGGGGGGAAUGAGUGUGGACUUCCGCUGGGCUUCUGCAGGUGUUCACAUGGCGCGUCUCGUCCCUGCACCUGUCGCGUCGUGGGCAUCCAGGCUUGAAAGUUCGUCGGUCGUGUAUUGCUUGAUCCCUGCAAUGUAUAAUUUCCGGUGCAUUGAGUAAGUCUUAUCGCGGUGAUGUUGUAGGUAAUAUUUUUAUCUCUUUGUGGGGGGAGAGAGAGAGAUGGAAGGUGAGGCUAAGAAUAGUAAUAAUAACUAGACUCGCUGGGUUAAAGAAUUCUGCCGUGUUUUGAAAGGUGUAUCUGUGUGUGUGUGUGUGUGUGUGUGUGUGUGUGUGUGUGGAGAUGUGCGUGUGAAUGUGGAUAUGAUGGUGGCUUUGGUUCUUGUAAGUAUUGUGUGGAGUGAAGGAAAGUAAAUAUAUAUGUGUAUUGUGUGAUUUUUUUUUUUUUUUUUUGUGGAGGUAAUUUGUUUGUGUGUGUGUG